AUGACCUCUAACGUACCAACGGCCGAAGCUGGACAAGCACAGCCACAACAACCACCUAUUCAAAUUGGCCGCCGUAUUGAGGUGGAUUAUUCUCGAGGCACGGUGCGAUACCUUGGCGAGGUGCCGCCCACAAAAGGCGAGUGGAUCGGCGUCGAGUGGGACGGCAAGGAGCGAGGGAAGCAUUCGGGCGAGCAUAACGGAACCAAGUACUUUAAUUGCCUUUUCCCUGGCACAGGCAGUUUUAUCCGACUCUCCUCCAAGAUCCAGACUGGUAACUCGUUACUCCAGGUUCUGAAGGAAAGAUAUGUCGAUGAAGAGAAGGACGCCAAGGCCGCAUUAUAUCUCGGACAGUCCAACGUCGUUGUCGAUGUCUAUGACUUUGAGCGCGUCAAGGGCCGGCAGAGUAAACUACACUUGAUGGAGGUUGUAGGUCUGGCCAACACCAAUGUCGCUACUGCAUCAGGUUUCGAUGAGAUGCAAAAGGCUUGUCCAGCCAUUCGAGACUUGGAUCUCUCGUCCACUCUGCUCUGUACAUGGAAAGACGUUGCGAACAUUUGUGCACCUCUUACCAAGCUGGACGUCCUGCGCUUGAACCGAAACCGAUUUCAGCCGCUUACAACGCAACCAUCGCUUGAAUACGGAUUCAAGAAUAUUCAAUGCCUGGCCCUGAACCGUGUCUUCAUGCCCUGGGAUGAGUUUGAGCUUUUGGAGCCUUCGUUGCCGAAUCUGAGAAUCCUUCAGAUCGGUUACAAUCUCUUUUCUGAGCUCGGCAAAGUGGAUCCCUCAGUCCCGAUCGCAUCGCAAAAGGUCAAAGGAUUUGCCAACUUGGAAAAUCUGCAUUUGGAGGGCAAUGCUUUCACAGACUGGAACCAGAUCCUGCGCCUCUCACGCUUGCCAAAACUGGAGUCUUUGGAUCUGUCAGAGAAUAAGAUUGAGAGCAUUCUCGGACCACAGGACGAGGACGACUUCAAGCUGCUGACAUCUCUUCGCCUCACCGAUAACUCCUUGAAAGAGUGGACGAGCAUCGACCAGCUCGGUCGCUAUACCUCCUUGAGAACUGUUUGGAUUGGAAACAACCCUCUCACGAAUACAGCGUCUACCGGAGAGAUCAAUACUGCAUCGGAUCCCAGGAUCACAGCCAUUGCCAGAAUGCCCCAUAUUCAGUACUUGAAUGGAUCAGAAAUAUCGAAAACAAACAGAAUCGAUGCAGAAAUAUAUUACUUGAAGAACGUGGCAAUGACGACUAAAGGAAUGGACCCUGAAGCAGUUCACGCACUUCAUCCACGUUUUGAGGAGCUUUGCGAAGUCCAUGGGCGUCCGGAUACAGGUGAUGAGUACAGAAAAGCUACCAGUGAAAUCUUAAAAGAUCGUCUGAUCGCAAUUACCUUGGUGUCAAAGGACAGCAUCGAGGGUCCUGCCAAGGCAUCGUUCCAAAGAAAUGUCUUGGGCACAAUGACGGUCAAGAACCUGAAGAACUUGGCGCAAAAGCUGCUGAAGAUCCCUGCUAUUCGCCAGGAACUGGUCUUCUUGACCAACGAUCCAGAUUAUGAGGAUGUUAAGGUCAAUGUCACCCUGAAAGAUGAUAUGCGCCAGAUAUCAUACUACGAUGUUAGCGAUGGCGAGGUGAUCAUGGUUUUGAACAAGACCAAGCUGAAAAUGUAG